GCCGCGGGCCGCCAUAGAAAGCGGCACGCUUCGCUGAACCUCCACGGCACAAGCAGCAGCGAGCACGCGGAGCGGACACGGCGGAGCGGCACGGCUCCCGUGCAGAAGCACAGUGACUUUGCGGACCAGACGGACCUCGGCAUCUUCAAACCCGUGCAAUCCGCCACCGCGAGACCUUCGCGUCGAUCGGUCAGGGUGGCCUAACGUAGGAGCGCUCAACCCAUCCCGUCAGCCAAGCGACCGACCUUCCACUCGUCGCACCCUUCGAACCCUUCGAACCCACGUGGCAAGGAUGCACCGCCCACAGGUGCCCGUGCUGGCCUUGCUGGCGCUACAGCUGCUGCUGCUGGGCAUAGAUCCUGGCCGUGCGAGGGUCCUCGAACGCUCCACCCACGGUCCCCACCGCCGACUCCACCGGAGGGCCGCGGCGGCCGCGCCCGCAGGUCGCAUCGGCAAGGCCCUGCCGCCGCCCCGACCCCCCGCAGGCCCUCUGGCGGCCUCAGGCGGCGAGCGGCAGGUGUCGGUGCAGCUGCCCGCGGACAGCGUCGCCGGCUCCGGGCCGUCGCCCGUCGUCUUCAACCACGUCUACAACAUCAACGUGCCGCUCGGCUCCAUGUGCAGCGUGGACCUGCAGGCGGCGCGGGGAGCGGCCGGGGCUGCGGCCGCUGCUUCUAUCACUCCAGGCCACUCUCACGUGGGAGACGGCGAGAAGAGCGUGGUCUUCACGCACCGCAUCAACAUCCCUCCGCAGGCGUGCGGGUGUGGAGGGGCGGGUGGUGGUGGGGCCCUGCCCAACCUCCAGGACCUGCUCAGUCGGCUGGAGGCCAUGGAGAACGAGGUGUCGUCUCUCCGCCAGCUCUGCUCCGGAGCCUCCGGGGGCUGCUGCAACGGGGGCCAGGGGAACGCGGCGAGUGCUGGCCGCACCGACUACCUGCCCGCGUGCGGAGGCCACGGCUCCUUCAGCCUGGAGACGUGCGGCUGCAUCUGCGAGCCGGGCUGGAGCGGCAAGAACUGCACAGAGCCGACGUGCGUGCCGCCGUGCGUGCACGGCCGCUGCCUCGACGGCGCGUGCCUGUGCGACGAGGGCUACUCGGGGCCCGACUGCCGCGCGCUCAAGUGCCCCAACGACUGCAACGACUACGGCCGCUGCGUCGACGGCAAGUGCGUGUGCGACGACGACUACACGGGCGACGACUGCAGCGAGCAGCGCUGCCCGAACGAGUGCAGCGACCGGGGCAACUGCGUGGACGGGGUGUGCGUGUGCGACGAGGGCUUCGCUGGUGAGGACUGCAGUGAGACCCGGUGUCCGAAUGACUGUCAGGACCGUGGCCGCUGUGUCAAUGGCCAGUGCGUGUGCGACGAAGGCUUCACCGGCGACGACUGCGGUGAACUGACCUGCCCGGACGAUUGCAAGGACAGAGGAAGAUGCGUUGAUGGGAAAUGCAUCUGCGACGAAGGCUUCACUGGGGAAGAUUGUAGUGAAUUGACCUGUCCCAACAACUGUCAACACAGAGGAAGAUGCGUCAAUGGGAAAUGCAUCUGCGAUGAAGGCUUCACUGGGGAAGAUUGUAGUGAAUUGACCUGUCCCAAUAACUGUCAAGACAGAGGAAGAUGCGUCAAUGGGAAAUGCAUUUGCGAUGAAGGCUUCACUGGGGAAGAUUGUAGUGAAUUGACCUGUCCCAACAACUGUCAAGACAAAGGAAGAUGCGUCAAUGGGAAAUGCAUUUGCGAUGAAGGCUUCACUGGGGAAGAUUGUAGUGAAUUGACCUGUCCCAACAACUGUCAAGACAGAGGAAGAUGCAUCAAUGGGAAAUGCAUCUGCGACGAAGGCUUCACUGGGGAAGAUUGUAGUGAAUUGACCUGUCCCAACAACUGUCAACACAGAGGAAGAUGCGUCAAUGGGAAAUGCAUCUGCGACGAAGGCUUCACUGGGGAAGAUUGUAGUGAAUUGACCUGUCCCAACAACUGUCAAGACAGAGGAAGAUGCGUCAAUGGGAAAUGCAUCUGCGAUGAAGGCUUCACUGGGGAGGAUUGUAGUGAACUUAGAUGUCCCAACGAUUGUCAAGACCAAGGAAGAUGCGUCGACGGGAAAUGCGUCUGCGAUGAAGGCUUCACUGGAGAAGAUUGUAGCGAACUUAGAUGUCCCAACGACUGCAGUGACAGAGGAAGAUGCGUCGACGGGAAAUGCGUUUGCGAUGAAGGCUUCACUGGAGAAGAUUGUAGCGAACUUAGAUGUCCCAACGAUUGUAAUGACAGAGGAAGAUGCGUCGACGGGAAAUGCGUUUGCGAUGAAGGCUUCACUGGAGAAGAUUGUAGCGAUCUUAGAUGUCCCAACGAUUGUCAAGACCAAGGAAGAUGCGUCAAUGGGAAAUGCGUCUGCGAUGAAGGCUUCACUGGAGAAGAUUGUAGCGAACUUAGAUGUCCCAACGACUGCAGUGACAGAGGAAGAUGCGUCGACGGGAAAUGCGUUUGCGAUGAAGGCUUCACUGGAGAAGAUUGUAGUGAACUUAGAUGUCCCAACGAUUGUCAAGACCAAGGAAGAUGCGUCGACGGGAAAUGCGUCUGCGAUGAAGGCUUCACUGGGGAGGAUUGUAGUGAACUUAGAUGUCCCAACGAUUGUCAAGACCAAGGAAGAUGCGUCGACGGGAAAUGCGUCUGCGAUGAAGGCUUCACUGGGGAAGAUUGUAGCGAACUUAGAUGUCCCAACGACUGUAAUGACAAAGGAAGAUGCGUCGACGGGAAAUGCGUCUGCGAUGAAGGCUUCACUGGGGAAGACUGCACAGAAGUGACCUCUCCCAAGGACCUGCAGGUGGUGGACGUGACGGACCGUACCAUCGACCUGGAGUGGGGGGUGGAGGGCGAGAUGGUGGUCACUCAAUAUCUGGUGGAGUACGCGCCGACGGCGUCGGGCGGCGUGCAGAUGGAGCAGCGCGUGCCGGGAGACCGCCGUGCCACCACCCUGGAGCAGCUGGAACCCGGCGUGGAGUACUUCAUCCGCGUCUACGCCGUGCUCAGCGGGCAGCGCAGCGUGCCCAUCAGCGCCCGCGUGGCCACGCACCUCUCCACGCCCGAGGGGCUGCGCUUCAAGUCGGUGCGCGAGUCCUCGGUCGAGGUGCAGUGGGAUCCCUUCAACUUCACCAUCGACGGCUGGGAGCUGAUCUUCACCGAGAAGCUCGACGAGGAUGACGCGCCCGUGGGGCUGCCCGCGGCCCCCGUGACCACGCGGCUGGGCGCCUCCGAGACGUCCCACGUGCAGAGCGGCCUGCGGCCCGGCCACGGCUACCACGUGAGCCUCGUGGCCACCAAGGAUGACGCCCGCAGCCCGCCGGCCAACGCCGACGUCAACACGCUCCUGGACGCGCCGAGCGGCCUGCAGGCUCGUGACGUGGACGACUCUUCGGCCCAGCUCACGUGGAGGGCCCCGCUGGCCCGCGUGGACGAGCUCAUCCUGGCCCACGGCCGCCCCGGCGAGACGCCCCAGGAGCGGCGCGUGCCCGCCGGGGCCACGGGCCACGCGCUGCGGGGCCUCGCGCCGGGCCAGCGCUACGCCGUGAGCCUCGUGGGCGUGCGCGGCGAGCUACGGAGCGACGCCGACACCGUGGAGUUCACCACGGGUGUGGACCCCCCGCGGGGUCUGCAGGUGGUGGGGGCUCAGGAGCGCUCGCUGGAGCUGUCGUGGGAGCACAGCCGCGCCGCUGCCGACUCGUACCGCGUGCGCUACUCCUCGCUGGACGGCGCCCACAGCGCCGAGACCACGGUGCCACGUGGGACCGGGGCUCGCGGCGCCGCCAAACUCACCGGCCUGCGACCCGGACUGGAGUACGGGAUUGGGGUGUCGGCCGUGAAGGCGCUACAGGAGAGUCGCCCGGCCACCACCAACGGCAAAACGCGCAUGGACGCGCCCAAGAACCCCCGCGUGACGGACGCCACGGAGUCGAGCCUGACUCUCGCCUGGGAGGCCCCGGAGGCCAAGGCGGAGCGCUACGUCGUGUCGUACCGCGCCGUCGGCGGGGCGGCCGGCGGGCCUGGCGGGGACGGCGCCGCGGGCCGCUCCGGGGAGCUCACGGUGCCGGGCGCGCAGACGCACGCCGAGCUGAGCGGCCUGCAGGCCGGCACCGAGUACCGCCUCUCGGUGAGGGCGCUCGCGGGGGCGGCGCGCAGCGAGGAGGCCACCACCACGGGGGAGACCGUGCUGGACCCCCCACGGGGCCUGGGCUUCCAGGACGUGACGGAGACCACGGUGGUGGUCACGUGGCUCGCUCCCACGGGGAGGCCCGACGCCUUCAAGAUCACCUACGUGCCCGUCGACGGAGGUGAGCAGGAGGUGGUGAGCGUGCCGGGCGGGGUGAGCGCCGAGACGCUCGUGUCCCUCAUCCCCGGCACCGAGUACGAAGUGAGCGUCACCACGGUGCAGGGGGUGCGCGAGAGCGAGCCCAUCUCCGGCACCGUCACCACCGAGCUUGACGCUCCGCACAGCCUGGCGGCCGUGGACGUCACCGACUCGACGGCGCUGCUGCGCUGGCAGGCCACGCUGGGGCCCGUCGACAGCUACAUCAUCGUCUUCGCUCCCCAGGACGGCGAGGACGUGAUGAACGAGCUGGCCGGCUCGCUGCACGAGUUCGGGCUCUCUGACCUGCGCCCCAUCACGCUCUACACGGUGCGCCUGCGCGCCGUCAAGGGCGCCCAGCAGAGUCGCGACGCGCACACCUCCUUCACCACGGGCCUGGACCCCCCUCGGGACCUGACGGCCACGGAGAUCGACACCCAGGGCGCACUCCUCACGUGGACCCCGCCAGUCGGCGCCGUCACGGGAUACGUCCUCUCCUACCAGGGUCCCGACGGGGUCGAGCAGACGGUGGAGGUGGAGGGAGGGGCGUCGACUGCGCGCAUCUCCGCGCUGCUGACGAAGACGCGCUACGCGGUGCGCCUGUACGCGGUGCGUGGGACGGUGCGCAGCCUCACCGUGGAGACCGACUUCACCACCGCCGGACGUCGCCACGCCAACCCGCGCGACUGUGCCGAGGCGCUGCUCGACGGCCAGCGUGCCAGCGGCGUGACCACCGUCUACCUGGCCGGGGACCCCGCACGGCCGCUGCAGGUCUACUGUGACAUGGAGACCGACGGCGGCGGAUGGAUCGUGCUGCAGAGGAGACAGAACGGCAAGACCAACUUCAUGCGUGGGUGGAAGGAGUACGAGAAGGGAUUCGGGGAACUCACGGACGAGUUCUGGUUCGGGCUGCGUGACGUGCACGCGCUGACGUCCCAGGGCCGCUACGAGCUACGCGUGGACCUGCGCAGCGGCUCUGAGGCCGUCUUCGCCACCUACGACAGCUUCUCCGUGGGCGAGCCGGGAGGCCUCUACAAGAUCCGCGUGGGACAGUACGCCGGCACAGCCGGCGACUCCAUGACGUACCACCAGGGCCGCCCCUUCUCGACGCACGACCGUGACAACGACAUCGCCAUCACCAACUGCGCCGUCUCCUACAAGGGCGCCUGGUGGUACAAGAAUUGCCACCGCGCCAACCUCAACGGGCGCUACGGUGACAACAGUCACAGCCAGGGUGUGAACUGGUACCACUGGAAGGGCCACGAGCACUCGGUGGACUUUGCGGAGAUGAAGGUUCGGCCUCACGACUUCAAACUCUCGCUCAAUCGAGUGCAGCGCUCGGGGGGGGCUCAGUGAGCCCCCCACGGCUUUCUCGCCUACCGGGAACCCAUCGCCCCCCCCCCACCCCC